UUGUAGUUGAACACUAUUUAUGUCUGUACCGACUUCGAUUUGUCGAUUGGUGGAGUUUUUACGUUGAGGUUUCUUUUUCAACCACCACCACCGGCAGCAGCAACAUGUCUCAGGCUCGAGUUACUGAUUUCUUUUCCCAAAGAAAGAAAGGCAUCGCCGCUCCAUUAAAACCAGCUAAGCAUCGCAGUAGCUCUGUUGUCGUCCGUGGCUCGUCUGGGAUCAGCACUAACAUUACCUGCCUAAGGUCAAGAUCCUCUAAAAACAAAGACGUUGUCCUUUGUUCGUCCUCCGUCCACGAAGAGUUUGUCCGAGUUAUUGACGAGGCAGUGGGACUAAACGAGGGAGAGUCGAACAGCAUUACUGCAAAGGAGUCCACCCCCGGUCCCAGGACACCGAAACGGACCUCGUCUGACACAGAGUUUGAUUUCGGGGCUGCCGUGUUUUCAGCCACCGCCGACCACAGCACUGCCAAGAAGAGACGGCAAGUGGAGGCUGUUAGAAACGCUGUAGCUAAUGAGUCGGAGAAAGCAACGGGGAAGAAAGCCAGAAAGAAACUGGUCCUCCCUCAGGCCACUCCACAGGCUGCAGCCCAGGCCCUGCCCAGCGAGGAGACCAAGCAGCCUGCAGCACCAACACCCCACGUGUCUGGACAGACUGAGAGCCAUGCAAACCUCCAGGUCAGCAGGUCUCCAGAGAGGGCUCAAGUCCUCAGCAAGAGCACAGGCGGACAGGCAAACACGGCUCUGUGCAAAGAGAGCAUUGCAACCCUCAAGUCCCGCCUUCAGAGGAUCAAGAAACACGGAGAGGAAAUAACCAGCACUGCUCCCGUGUCCACGUUCUCCUCUUUCACCUCCCUCGUUGGUACAACGCCUACCAUUACUACCCCUCAUGUCCCCAGAACUGUUACGCCCCUCACCUCUGAUGCUAAGACCCUCAAGUUCACUGUAGCACGAGCCACAGCGCUUGCAACCAAAGCCCAGAGGUCCAAGGAAGAGAGAGAGGCAGAGGAGAGCAAGCAGAGUGAGACACAAACCCAGGAUAGUACUGAACUGCCAGCAUACCAGCGGUACCACACCCUCGCUCAGGCAGCCCCCCCCAGCCUGUCUCUGCCUUACCAGUACAAGGUGCUGGCUGAGAUGUUCAGGAGUAUGGAUACGGUGGUAGCCAUGCUGUACAACCGCUGUGAAACGGCUACCUUCACCAAGAUCAAACAGGGAGUUCAGGACAUGAUGCACAAGCGGUUUGAAGAGAGCCACGUGGGUCAGAUAAAGACCGUCUUUCCUGAGGCUUACACAUUUAGACAGGAAAAGAACAUCCCAACAUUUGACAGCAGCAUUAACAAGAGCAGCUACCAGCUCACUAUGGAGCCCUCUAUUCUCUCUGACCAGAAUGAAGCCCGUCCCGUCCUGUCAGCCUCUUGUCUCCUGGGGAGGAGACGCAUCUUCCACACAAACCUGGUCUUGAUUGUCAAACAGCACCACAAGGCCUUUCUGUCCUCGUUGGUUCCUCCAUUGUCUGUUGCAGAAGACAGCCUGACCCGCUGGCACCCUCGCUUUAAUGUGGACACUGUGCCAGCCAUCCAAGCCAGCUCACUGCCUCAACCUCCUCACACUGGAAAACUGGCCACAGCUCAGGAGGUGCUAGACAAGGCCCGUUCACUCAUCAAUCCCAAGAUGGAGAGGGCUCUGGUUUCUCUGGCUCUAAAGACAGAAGAUAAAGUUGCAGAGAAUAAAGAACCAACAUCUCCACAGAACUCAACAGUCCCUCAAACAUUGGCUGCUCAAGUCCCAGCUGCCUUGAAAGGAGUAUCCCAGUCCCUGCUGGACAGGAUUCGGGCAAAGGAGACCCAAAAGCUCCAGGCAGCCAUGACUCGAAACCCCACCCAGGAAGAGCGCCUGCUGAUAAUGUCACGGCUCCCUGAGCUGGCCAGGAUUCUCCGGAACGUUUUCAUUGCAGAAAAGAAAGCAGCUUUAACGAUGGAAGUGGUCUGUAACAGGAUGGUGUCCAGCUACAGAUCUGCUCUCAGCACAGGUGAAAUGGAGAAACAUAUCCGUCUGCUGGCAGAAGUGAGUUCUGAUUGGCUGACUAUUCAUCCAAUCAGAAAGGACUUGUACCUGAAGUUGAACAAGAACAUGGAGCUUAACAUCGUUCUGGACAAACUGAGCAGCAGACUAAAAGAGGAAGAAAAGUUCUGAGAGACAUUAAAGACUGAGUGGUGUGGCCUUUCACAGUGAACCACUCCCCCGUCCCUGCUGUAUGAGCUGCCAGCAGACUGUACGCAAGUUGCAUAGAAGUGCCAUAUUUUUCACUGAAUUUUACUGGUUUGUUAGCAACAGGCACAUUUCUAAAAUUCAUAUCAAGGUGUCUAGUAUGUCCCAAAAUCCUGGGCUCAUGUCACUGACCAGACCAGUGGUGGUCAUGGUGUUCCUACCACCCUCCUGUGUUGUAAACAGGUUUUUUAACCACACUUCUGUUAUAGUACUGUGCAUUGUUUUUUUUUUUUUUGUUUUUUUUGUCCAUGAAAGUGUAAUUCUGGUGUGUACAGGUCUGCUUCCAGUCUGAACUGUCAGUUUUCUACAGUGUAGAACUGAUGUUUACACUUUUAAAGGCUGCUGUUUGAUAAUGUUUAACAAAUACAAGCAUUUGUCAGAGCCCCGCUGCCUUCAUUUUUU